UAUCUGGGACAGCACUACAGUCAUCAAAACCCUGCAAUGGAUCAGCACAAGUUUCAUACGACAGGCGUCCAGGAGAAGCUUGAGAUCAUCGGGGUGGAGGACGAGGCUGGGAACCCCAUCAGUGCCCUGACUAUCCUGUCUCUGCUGGAGCGCGUGGCCGGCAUCAUCGAUAAUGUCCAGUCCUGUCAGCAGCGCAUGGAGGAGCGUCAGCUGGAGCUGGAGAACAACAUCAAGACCAUCCAGGGUGACGUUCUAAAACUCGCCAAAGACCACACCGACACCAGCGGUACGGUGGAGAAGCUCCUGCAGAAGACCCGAAAGGUCAGCGCCAACGUCAAGGAGGUGAGGACACGCGUCGAGAAGCAGAACGUUCGCGUCAAGAAGGUCGAAACCACACAGGAUGAGCUGCUCACCCGCAACAAGUUCCGCGUCGUGAUCUAUCAGGGCGAGACGGAGAUCCCAUCAGUGGCCGUCACGAAGUCUCCAAAAGGCCUUGGCCUGGACGGGUUGGAGAUUGAACCUGACUCCUACGAUGUCCCUGUGGACCUCUCGUCUGAUGAGGAGUAUCUAAGCGUGGAGGAGGCCGACCCCUCACGAGCAGCUCGCAUCAAGAAGUCGGUUGUGAAGAGCACAGAGACCCUGAAGGCUGCCUUCUCCAAGGAGAACAUGAGCAAAACCAAAGACAACCUGGGAACCAAGUUCCACAACCUGGGCGAGAAGGUGAUGCCUCCCGAACGGAGGGACAAGAUGCACCAGGCCGGCGAGCGGCUGAAGCAGUCCGGCGAGCGGCUGAAGGAGAACCUCGCCAAGAAGGCUCCGAACAAAGAGACCUUCCGCAUCAAACUGAAGAAGGAGAGAGCUGUCGCUGAGGGACAGGAAGGCGCCGAGACUGCGGAGCCAGUAGCGCUCCCGGGGGUCACCUACACAGAGGUUGCCAUGGAAACCAAGAGGGAGGGGCCUGUAGAGGAGGCCGGCGCCACCCGGGUAGGAGAAGAGGAUUACAGGAAGUAAUGUCAGAUUGGAUAGCACUCACAUGAUGAGGAGGCGGGACACCGGAGAAAGCUUGCAAUACCCAGGAUUUAGGAAGAUCUGUGAUUGGUCGACACUGAUGAUGGACAGAAGGUAUUAAAACAGAAGAAGCUCUUCGUACCCAGCAGAAUAUUAACUGUUUAAAUCUAAUUAAAUCUAUUUCAGGGUGUUAAGUCAAGUUCCUCAAAUGUUAUUUUAACAGUAUUAUUUAAACAACUUGACAUCCAUGAGAGAAGCUCAAGAGGGUAAAGAAAUUUUUUUUAGAAGAUUUAGAUUUUGUUGACUAAUUUGUGAGUAUAAUUGAGGUUGUGGUUGCACAAGUUGGCUGGAAAUAUGGCAAAUGGUUGAUAAAACUCUGAAAAGGAUGAUGAAUGUUGAUCUGCACGUCAUGUAUUGAUCUUUUGUCUGGAUGUACAUACCAUGCUGGACAUACUGCCAGCACUGGAAAGGUGGAGUCUGGUUGGUGCAGGCCUCAGCUGGUCCCUGAGGAGCCUGGUGAUAACAUAACAGCAAGUGGAUUCAACGUCAGACUGAUUUCUGUAUGCAAAAGAGAAGGAGGGAGAUGAAGUUUAAAGUGCUUAAAAGCAGCAUCAGUGAUCACUUAGAUAGACAUUAAAGUUAGAUCAGGCAAACACCAGUAAGUGCUGGAACUUCAGAAAUUCAACGAGGCAACAUCAGCAAACUGAAUGAUUCAUAUUGCGUUCAUUUCAUGAGAAAUUAACACUGGAUGAGAAGUUACUCAGCAGCAUGACGGGUAGAGAUUUGGUCGUGGAGGGCUACAAUAGGUUAGCAGCAACUAAAGUAGUGUUAAAUUACAGUGUAGUUUCAAGGUUACAUAAGAUGUAAAGGCAUUAAGUCAUCAGACAUAAGAGAAACCUAACCCACUAUAAAAAAAAAAACACGAGAUUAUAAAUGAUUAAAAUAAAAGAUAGAAAUGAACUAAAGUAGACUAACAGAUUAAACAGGAGAGUUACGGCACCACAAUAUGCAACACAACACGUGCAGAUGCAAACUGCACUGCAGCUAAGUCAAAGGGGAGUUACUCUGAUCUGUAAGCUAGCUUAGCAUGCAGGUCGAGGGGAGGGGAGGGGCUUCUUCUCUCUGCAUGAAGCUCGCAAAGUUCUGAUUGGUCACUGAACACCACAUCAGAGCUGUUUGAAUCUCUAAGUAAAUUAGUAAUAUGGAGCGUCUUUAAAUUUUAACAAACCACAUAUCACGUAUCAUCGUGUCCGGGCUUCAGCGGUCCCAUCCUAGAGAAAUAUAUGAUCUAAGGUGCUUUUUCUUAAAAUUCAGCUUGACAGAUUUGGUAUCUUCGAAAUUUUCUCCACUAGAAUGUAAAUUAAGUUGUGCAAGUUUGACUGAAAAAUAAAUGAUAAAUUUGAUGAAAUAUUUGUUCAGCGCAGCAUUAGGCUUGAUUUAGCAGCAGUAGAGUAGCUAGUGACAAAAUGAAAGCAAUGCAUGAACUCGUAUAUCCAGUUGUGAAUAUUUAACACAUUAGACUCGUCUGAAAGUAAGUGAAUGUAGUGGAUUUAAGGCCGUAUGAGACGUGCUGGCUGCUUCAGAGCUUAUUCAGCACUGCUGAAUUUUGGCGUAUGAAUGUUUUGAAUUUUUUUUCCAGUUUUGCUGCUUGAUAUUUAUAGUUUCUUUUGAAGUUCAGUCGGCAGACUGACUUUAUUCUCCUGGAGUGAUUUGUGAGGUCACAACUCCCAUCGGGAUGAUAGGAUUUUCAGCCAACAGAUACUCUUCAUGGUUUCUGUGGAAGCUUAGCCUGCCGUCAUUAGAUAUUAGCACAGCAGCUUAUUCUGAAAAUACAUUUCGUGCAUUAAACUUCUGCUUCAUUUAUAACUGACUGUAUUUAUGAGUUAAACUGCAGUAGACUGAUAGUGUUCGAGUAUGUGUUUUGAAUAUUUUUAACCAGGUUUCACAUUGUCUUGUUUUUGUUCAUUCUUGGUUACACCUCACAUUGUGUUUUGUUUUGUUUCAUUUUUACGAUCAUCUCAAUCCAGUUUUAAUGCCUUACGAAAACGAGGACCUGUUGCUGUUUUGGCCUGUACUGUACGAGCAGCACAAGACUUUAACCAUUUUUGUUUUGUUUUUAUAUCAUUAAAAUUCUCAUCAAACCUGUA